AAUUUCCCGUUAAAUAACAUGAAAUACUACAUUUCAAAUAAAAUAAAUGAAAAAUUAGACUGAAACCAUUGGUUUCGUUGCUGUUAGGAUUUUUGCUUUAAAUAACAUUUCUAGUAGAAUAAAUAAAAAUUCUGUUGAAAGCCAGUUAUUUCGUUUCUCUGUAAAAUUACAGGUUGUUUGCGAUUAAAAUGAUUUACAAACAAUGUCGUAAGAAAACAAAUCUUUUAUUAAAACGAGGAUUAGUUUAAAUUCACGAAGUACACUGAAAUUAUAGAACAUCUGUAUAUGAUGUCUGAAAUUAUACAAAAUGUCUUGAAAACAACAACAAAAUAAUGUUUUUAGAAAUCUGUUCUGUUAAAAUGGAGAAAAUUUCCAGUUAAAACAAUUUAAAGAGUGAUUCUGUAAUUUUGUUUUCUGUAAAAUCUUCUGUGUUUUAACCGUGUAGGUUUCCAUCCUCCAUGGUUUCAGUGCCACCCGCCCAAGUCGAAGACGAAUACAAAAGUACAACCGAAGUCCAGAAGGUGUGGACUAACUGUGCAGCAACGUAUCAAGAGGACACCUUUGUACCCCUCGGCUCACAUCAUCAACUCACUAACAGUAACUGAUCAUGAAGACGGCUUCUCAGUGGAAUAUGCGCUUCCACUUGAAGGGUAACAGGAAUAGUUGGUGGGGUGGUGACCGAGUUGGCAUGCGGACGUCCCUACCCAAGCCAAGAUUCUCCUGCGUUAGCGUUUGUCGUUACACCGUUCUGCGUGUUAAACGGGUAUUGUUGAGUCCUGUUUGCCGAGCAGUUCUCUUGAUGUUUGUCGUGGUGGUCGUAAUGACCUCGGCCGUAUUCAGCCCAUCAGGUAUUCAAGCCCACAGUUACAAGCUAAAGGGUACACAACAAGUCUUUCGUUCCUGUGUUCCAUCCCUAAUGACCAGCCAAACGUCAACGAGAAAUGGCACUGUGAGAUUACAAGGAAAUAGUGGGCAGCGUGUAAAUAAGAGCAACCAGGCGAAGAACGUGAUGCCUAAUACUGAAACCAUCUUGAUGACACCUAUCAGCAUCUUCUCACAGAAGUACGCUCCUCGUUACACUCCAAACGACACUGAGUUUCUAGGCCACCUUGGCGUCAUUCAUAAACAGACAUGGAAAUACAACAAGAGGAACGCCAAACAGUUCAGGGUCGACUUAAGGGCUGCCUUGGGUAACGAGGGUAAGCUCCAAAACUUCAUCACGACGAGACAAAAUACACAGAUAGGACAAAAACUGAAUUUCUAUCGUCACCGGGCUUCCUCUACCGUGUCCAAGAGCUUCUGGAGACAGCUUCCAAAAACUGUACUGUAUAAACCUGGCCUGUACCGUAGCUGUAGUGUUGUAGGCUCAAGCGGUUUACUGAAAGGAUCUUUAUGUGGAAAUCAUAUAGACAAGGCGGACUUCAUCUUCAGAUUUAACCUAGCCCCCAUUAACGGCUUUAAGGACGACGUCGGCCGCAAAACAAAUUUUACAACGCUCAACCCUUCAUUUGUUAGGAAGAGAUUUAAUUGGUUGAAGACCCCAGAAAACUGUUCAAGAUUUGGAGACCUUAUGAAGCAGUUCAGAGGCAGCCACCUAUGGCUGCCGGCAUUUGCCCUCAGGUCAGCGCACACCCACCUCAUGAAAGUAGCGCAUAUGGUCAGGAAAACCAAGGUAGCCACGCCCAUCUUCGGACACCCGGACCACUACACCGCUGUGGGGAAUCUGUGGGAAAGGACUUUGAACGGAACCAGGUGGACCACGACAGGUCUUCACGUGCUUACAUCAGUCUUCGACCUGUGUCACCGAAUUGACGUCUUUGGGUUCUGGCCGUUUCCCAAAUCACUCGCGGGUGAGGAUGUCCCGUACCACUACCAUGACAGCGUCUUAGGCGUCUUGAAAUUUCACAGUUUUACAAAGGAAUUCAGGGGUAUAAUGAAAUUACACGAACUUGGCAUCAUCAAUGUCCAUCUUGGACCAUGCACAUGAAGGCACCAUCAUUCUGACUCAAGCUGGUGUCAGCAUUUCUUUCGUAUGUAACUGACCUUUCACUGGAAUUAGGUAGAAGUACGUUCAAACGCUUUCCCAUGAGGUAAAGAUGUGAAUCGUUCAUUCUUAAAAUGUUUGGGUACCCACCACUUUGUCAACACGUUUUGGAGCCUAAGAAGCAAUAACACAAGUAUAAUCGUCCGAUUCAUGUAUUUGUUAAUUUGUUAUUUUUUUCAAAUCAGUAUCUCGUCACUGCGAAUUAGCCAACGUAUUACCUGAUUGAUUUGCAGGAUUUCAAUUUAGGCAAACAGGCCUUUAGUCUCUUCAUAGUAUGACAGUUAUACGAUUAUACUUCGAGUCUCAGUUGACCCCUUGAAACAAAAUUGUAUCAUAGUGGAAAUUAUCAGACCGCCGUGAUCAAUUUAUAGUUUGGUUAAACUCUAUGAAAAAGAAAACUAGAGUAUGUGGUGAGUCUUAAGGAUGUGACGGACUAACUUUACCGAAGGAAGGGAUCUAUUUUUAUAACGAUAUUUAUUUCUCUGACGUAUAAGCAGCUGAGAAUGUCGAACACACGCUAUGAUUUUGUCGUUAUAAGUAAGUGUACGAACGUCAUAGCUGAAAUGAUCAGUUCCCUUCCCCCAAAGUAGUGGGCCAUUUGGCUUGGUCGUUGCCAUUAUGUACAGUAAAAACAAAGAAGAAAAAAAUGUUUAUUUUGUCUAUUUUGUUGUUUCUUUAAACUGACAUACAGCACAUGGCGCGAGCCAGUUGUAAAUGGAUACUUUGCAUAUUGGCAAGUAUGAUUUCUUAACAUUCUUGCCUGGAAAAGGUAACGCUUUCGAUUAAUGAUUAUCCAU